AUGGGUCCAAACGAACACGAAUUGGAGCAGGAUCCGGAGAUUUCUGAGCAAACUUUGGACGUAAAAACAGAAGAUCUAAAAGCUGAAACGAAAGAGACAGAUAAACAUAAAGAUCCGAAUGUCAAACCUCCAUACUCGUACGUUGCUUUAAUAGCCAUGGCAAUCAGAGAAUCUCCUGAAAAGAGACUUACACUGAAUGGUAUCUAUCAAUUUAUUAUUUCAAAGUUUCCAUUCUAUGAGAAGAAUAAAAAGGGUUGGCAGAACUCUAUCAGACAUAAUCUUAGCCUAAACGAGUGUUUUAUAAAAGUACCCCGCGAAGGAGGCGGUGAAAGGAAAGGGAAUUAUUGGACUCUGGAUCCUUCAAGCGAAGACAUGUUUGAGAAAGGAAACUUUCGACGAAGGCGACGAAUGAAACGGCCGUACAGACAGCCAAGCUUAGCACAAAAUUCUGCAUUCGCUUUUGGCGAUCCAAAUCCUUACGGGCCAGCGAGUUAUCAUGGCAUUGCACCAAAAUGGUCUCCGUAUGCCCAGCCACAGUUGAGUCAGAGUGCUUGGCGUGGAACAGCUCAAGGAGUACCCUACGCGCAAGCAAGAAUUCCCAGUAGUUCAUUUGCCGUUCCUUCGUAUAUGAAUAUUCCUUCCAUAGCUGGAGUUCCCGUAAGUAACUACGCAACUGCAUCGCCGUAUUCCACUCAUAUUCAAAGCCAAAUGAACGAACAGCAUAGCUACAUGCCAUUGGCGAAUAUGUCAAGCUGUAGAAGAGAACACGAACAUUCUCCUGUGCCUCAUUAUCCAUAUUAA